AUGUCGACUCCAGAAGAAUUGGAUAAAGAAAGAGUAUGGGAUGAGUUUCAUAGGGCAAACCAAAACCAAAGACUUCAUUUACAUCCAAUACCUCGUCUAACUGCAUUUGGCUUUGUAUCUGGUAUAACUGGAUUCAUAAAUGGAGCUAGAACAGAAUAUAAAAACACAGGUCUAAGAUUUUUAGCAGAAAAUUCACAUAGAUUACCUAAAACAAAAGGUAAUUGGUAUUUCUAUUAUAAAAGAAGAAAUUAUGUUUGUUUAACAGAAUCUAUACGUGGUGGUUUACGAAAUGCAUUUAAAUAUUCUUCAAUGAUUGUGGGGUUAUUUAGUAUUGAAGCAGGGUUAGAUAAAAUUAGAGGUAAGAUAGAUAUGUUAAAUACAAUGGGUGCUACUAUAGGUUCAGGUUAUGUAUAUGCUAAAUAUUAUAAGUUAAGUAGUCAUGGUGUUUCUAGGAUGGUUAAAAAUGGUGUUUUCAUUGGGUUAUUAUUUGGUGGGAUACAAGAUAUUCUUUAUUAUCUUAGAAAUGGUGAACUUUGGUAUAUAAAUGGGCAUCAAAAAUUUACAGCAUAA